AUGUUCCUUUGGAGGGCAUGUCAAGAGGCUCUUCCAACCCAAUCUAACCUUUUCAAGAAGAAAGUGGUCAGUCACCCUCUUUGUCCCAUUUGCAACUUGGAGAAGGAAGAUGCUUAUCAUGCUACAUGGGGAUGUGAGUCAGCCAAGGAUGUGUGGAGUCUAUGUUCAAAGAGCCUACAGAAAUGUCAUUUCCCACAUAUGUCUAUGAUUCAACUCAUCGAAGCUUUAUUUCAGAUCAUGGAAAGUAAGACUAUUCAAGAAUUUGCUGUGGUGGUCAGCAAGAUCUGGUGGAGAAGGAACACUUUAGUCUUUAAAGGUGUUUUUGCUCACCCGAAAGUAAUUAUGCAUGAGGCAAGAACCACCUUGGACGUGCUGGAUGAGGAAAAUUCAAACCAUGGUGCUCGAGCCAACAUGAUCUACACUUCAGCAGAGACUUGCCAGGCUCCCCCAUUAGACUGGAUUAAGUUGAAUUGGGAUAGUGCUAUUGACAAAGCUAGAGGUUUAGUUGGUGUGGGAGUGGUAGUGAGGAACAGUUUAGGAAGAAUCAUAGCAACCUUGAGAACCAAGAAACACCUCUAUCCUGAUCCAUUACUAGCUGAGGCAUUCGGUGCUCUUAAAACGAUGCAAUUUGGUCUGGAGCUUGGGUUUACAUAG